GGCGCCCAGCCCCGCGCCCACUGCCCAGGGAGAGCGAGCCCCCCGCCCCAGCCCGCAGGCCGAGCGAGCGGCGCCCGGGACAGGCCGGCGCGGGAGGCGGCCGCAGCGAUGCCGGGCCCGCUGGGGCUGCUCUGCUUCCUCGCCCUGGGGCUGCUCGGCUCGGCCGGGCCCAGCGGCGCGGCGCCUCCUCUGUGCGCGGCGCCCUGCAGCUGCGACGGCGACCGUCGGGUGGACUGCUCCGGGAAGGGGCUGACGGCCGUGCCGGAGGGGCUCAGCGCCUUCACCCAAGCGCUGGAUAUCAGUAUGAACAACAUUACCCAGUUACCAGAAGAUGCAUUUAAGAAUUUUCCUUUUCUAGAAGAGCUACAAUUGGCUGGCAACGACCUUUCUUUUAUCCACCCAAAGGCCUUGUCUGGGUUGAAAGAACUCAAAGUUCUAACCCUCCAGAAUAAUCAACUGAAAACUGUACCCAGUGAAGCCAUUCGGGGACUGAGUGCUUUGCAGUCUUUGCGUUUGGAUGCCAACCAUAUUACCUCCGUCCCCGAGGACAGUUUUGAAGGCCUUGUGCAGCUGCGGCAUCUGUGGCUGGAUGACAAUAGUCUGACCGAGGUGCCUGUGCGUCCCCUCAGUCACUUGCCGACCCUGCAGGCCCUGACCUUGGCUCUCAACAAAAUCUCCAGCAUCUCUGACUUUGCAUUUACCAACCUCUCAAGCCUGGUUGUACUGCAUCUUCAUAACAAUAAAAUUAAAAGUCUGAGUUCACACUGUUUUGAUGGACUGGAUAACCUGGAGACCUUGGACUUGAAUUACAAUAACUUGGGAGAAUUUCCUCAGGCUAUUAAAGCCCUUGCUAGCCUAAAAGAGCUUGGAUUUCAUAGUAAUUCUAUUUCUGUUAUCCCUGAUGGAGCAUUUGGUGGCAAUCCACUUUUAAGAACUAUACAUUUGUAUGAUAAUCCUCUGUCUUUUGUGGGGAACUCAGCAUUCUACAACUUAUCUGAUCUACAUUCUUUAAUCAUUCGUGGUGCAAGCAUGGUGCAGUCAUUUCCCAAUCUGACCGGAACUGUUCAUCUGGAGAGUCUGACCUUGACAGGUACAAAGAUAAGCAGCAUACCUGAUCAUUUAUGCCAAGAACAAAAGAUGCUGAGGACUCUGGACUUGUCUUACAACAAUAUAAGAGACCUUCCAAGUUUCAAUGGUUGCCAUGCUCUGGAAGAAAUUUCUUUGCAGCGUAAUCAGAUCUACCAAAUAAAAGAAGGUACUUUCCUAGGCCUGAGCUCCCUAAGGAUCCUAGAUCUGAGUAGAAACCUGAUCCAUGAAAUUCAUAUCCAAGCUUUUGCCAAGCUUGGUCCAAUAACUAAUCUAGAUGUAAGUUUCAAUGAAUUGACUUCAUUUCCUACGGAAGGCCUGAAUGGGUUAAAUCAGCUGAAACUGGUAGGCAACUUCAAGCUGAAGGAAGCUUUAGCUGCUAAAGACUUUGUUAAUCUCAGGUCUUUAUCGGUACCAUAUGCUUAUCAGUGCUGUGCAUUCUGGGGUUGUGACUCUUAUGCAAAUUUAAACACAGAUGAUAACAGCCUCCAAGACCACAGUGUGACAAAGGAGAAAGGUACUGCUGAUGCAACAAAUAUCACAAGCACUGCUGAAAACGAAGAACAUGGUCAAAUCAUUAUCCACUGUACACCCUCCACAGGUGCUUUUAAGCCCUGUGAAUAUUUACUGGGAAGCUGGAUGAUUCGUCUUACUGUGUGGUUCAUUUUCUUGGUUGCAUUGUUUUUCAACCUGCUUGUCAUUUUAACAACAUUUGCAUCUUGCACAUCACUGCCUUCCUCCAGAUUGUUUAUAGGCUUGAUAUCUGUGUCUAAUUUGUUCAUGGGAAUCUAUACUGGCAUCUUAACAUUUCUCGAUGCUGUGUCCUGGGGCAGAUUUGCUGAAUUUGGCAUAUGGUGGGAGACAGGCAGCGGCUGCAAAGUAGCGGGGUUUCUCGCAGUUUUCUCCUCAGAAAGUGCCAUAUUUUUAUUGGUGUUAGCAGCUGUUGAAAGAAGCUUAUCUGCAAAAGAAAUCCUGAAAAAUGGGAAGAGCAAUCAUCUCAAACAGUUCCAGGUGGCUGCCCUGUUUGCUUUCCUGGGUGCCAUAGUGGCAGGCUGUUUCCCCCUGUUCCAUCGAGGGGAGUAUUCAGCAUCACCCCUGUGCUUGCCAUUCCCCACGGGAGAAACACCAUCAUUGGGUUUUACAGUAACUUUAGUGCUGUUAAACUCACUCGCGUUUCUAUUAAUGGCCAUUAUUUACACUAAACUCUACUGCAACUUGGAAAAAGAGGACCUCUCAGAAAACUCCCAGUCAAGCAUGAUUAAGCAUGUUGCUUGGCUAAUCUUCACCAACUGCAUCUUUUUCUGCCCUGUUGCAUUUUUCUCAUUUGCACCACUGAUCACUGCCAUCUCUAUCAGCCCUGAAAUAAUGAAGUCUGUUACUCUGAUAUUUUUCCCAUUGCCUGCUUGUCUGAAUCCAGUCCUGUAUGUUUUCUUCAAUCCGAAGUUUAAAGAAGACUGGAAGUUACUGAAGCGACGUCUUACCAAAAGUGGAUCUGUUUCAGUUUCUAUCAGCAGCCAAGGUGGUUGUGUGGAACAGGACUUCUACUAUGACUGUGGCAUGUAUUCCCACUUGCAGGGGAACUUGACCGUGUGUGACUGCUGCGAAUCUUUUCUCUUGACGAAGCCACUUUCGUGCAAACACUUAAUAAAAUCACACAGCUGUCCUGCACUGGCAGUGGCUUCUUGCCAAAGACCAGAGGGUUACUGGUCUGACUGCGGCACGCAGUCGGCACACUCUGACUAUGCGGACGAAGAAGAUUCCUUUGUCUCAGACAGUUCUGACCAGGUGCAGGCCUGCGGACGUGCCUGCUUCUACCAGAGUCGAGGAUUCCCUUUGGUACGCUAUGCUUACAAUCUACCAAGAGUGAAAGACUGA